AAAAAUUCAUCUAAAACAUCUCUCUCUCUCUCUCAACUUCUCAAGAACAUUCACACAAGGAAUGUCGAUUAUAUAGUGAGAGAAACUGAUAUAGAUAGAUAUAUUUUGAGAGGGAGAGAGAGAGGAUGGGAGGGGUGACUUCAUCAAUGGCGGCGAAGUUCGCGUUUUUCCCACCGAGCCCUCCGGCGUACAAGCUAAUUACGGACGAUGCCACUGGUCUCCUUCUCUUGGACCCUUUCCCUCACAGGGAAAACGUGGAGGUGUUGAAGUUGCCGACUCGUCGAGGCACAGAGAUCGUCGCUGUCUAUGUUCGUUACCCUAUGGCUUCCUCUACUCUCCUUUACUCCCAUGGAAAUGCGGCUGAUAUUGGUCAGAUGUACGACCUUCUCCUCGAAUUGAGCAUUCACUUGCGACUCAAUAUCAUGGGGUAUGACUACUCUGGUUAUGGGCAGUCAACUGGAAAGCCGAGUGAGCAGAAUACUUAUGCAGAUAUCGAAGCUGCAUACAAGUGUCUUGAAGAGAGCUAUGGUGCUAAGCAGGAAGAGAUCAUUCUUUAUGGCCAGUCUGUUGGAAGUGGUCCGACCUUAGACCUUGCAGUGCGUUUGCCUCGACUAAGAGCUGUUGUUUUACAUAGUCCUAUAUUGUCAGGCUUAAGAGUCAUGUAUCCUGUGAAGCGGAGCUAUUGGUUUGACAUCUACAAGAACAUUGACAAAAUUCCAUUGGUGAAGUGUCCUGUUCUGAUCAUUCAUGGAACUUCUGAUGAAGUUGUUGAUUGCUCUCACGGUAAACAACUUUGGGAGCUGUGCGAAGAAAAAUAUGAACCAUUGUGGCUUAAAGGGGGAAAUCACUGUGACUUGGAACUUUUUCCCGAGUACAUUAGGCAUCUGAGGAAGUUUGUAUCUACGGUGGAAAAAUCACCCUCACAGAGAAUCAGUUCGAGGAAAAGUGUAGACCGGCCUGAACAUUCCAGGAAGAGUACUGAUUGUUUUGAGGUUCCAAGGAAGAGUACUGACAGGAGAGAGAAACCAAGACGAAGCACAGACAAGUCUGAAAAAUUGAAAAUCCACGAAUACAAAUUUAAUCACAAUGACAAACUUGCAAAGGUAAGACUAUCUGUUGAACAGAUGGAGAGGUCUCGGCGGAGCGUGGAAUACCAUGAGAAAUCUCGGAGGAGCAUCGACCAACAGCUGGAAAGAGCAAGGAAGAGUGUUGAUUGGUUGGAUAGGAUACGAGCUGGUUAGAAAGUGUGUAUGAUACCAUAACACCCAUUGUAAAAUAUUUGCACCCAACUUUUUAUUGAUGGAAAAGGGGAGAGAAAAAGAGGGGGAUCGGAAAAGAAAAAAAUUGGUGAUGUAACUUAUGGGUUUUAUUCAAACAUUUGAAUCAUUAAUUUGAUCUACUACUUGUGAUGAAAUCGGUUGUGUCUGAUUCUCUGGUUUAACUUGUAA